GUUCUCUGUCAAAUAAAAGGAAGGCAAAAGUCGACGGCAAUCUCUUAGAGUAGAGCGACACUCCUCCCCGCCCUUCGUAAGUACUGUAGGCGCCGCCGUUUCCCCCAUCCGUCCCCCCCGGCGCUCCGCCUCCGCCGCGCCUCCUCCGUCUGCGAGCGGCAGCGCCCGAUCGACGAAUCCCGCGAUGGCCGGCGGCGGCGGCGGGUUCCUCGACCUGGAGCGGCACUUCGCCUUCUACGGCGCGUACCACAGCAACCCGGUCAACGUCUUCAUCCACGCGCUCUUCGUCUGGCCCAUCUUCCUCACCGCCCUCCUGCUCCUCCACAUCGCCGCCCCGUUCCCGCGCGCCGCCGCGGUCUUCACCGCCGUCUACGGGGCCUUCUACGUCUCCCUCGACCGCCGCUCGGGCGCGCUCGCCGCCCUCCUCUGCCUCCUCUGCUGGGGCGCCAGCUCCGCCCUCGCCGCCCGCCUCGGCUUCUCCCUCGGAUGGAAGGUGGUAUUGGUAGCUCAGCUGUUCUGUUGGACUAUGCAAUUCAUUGGCCAUGGAGUUUUUGAGAAGCGGGCACCUGCUCUAGUUGACAAUCUUGUCCAGGCUUUGUUGAUGGCCCCAUAUUUCGUGCUUCUAGAGAUUCUCCACAAGUUUGCCGCUUACGAACCGUAUCCUGGCUUCCAUGCCAAUGUGCAAAAGCUGAUUGACGCCAAACUCAAGGAGUGGGCGGACAAGAAAGCAAAGAAGAUGUCAUGAACUGUGCCCAAGAACUCCUGAUGCCUGAUGCUACGUCUGCUGUGUAACAGGGAAGAUGAGAGUGAUCUACCCUGUUUGCCGUCUCUAUGUUACUGAAGAAGAUAAACUGAACCGUAGACUGAUAUCAUCUUGAGAUGUGAUACGCUUGUUGUAUGACAUCGGUGUAAGAUGGGAUACGCCAUGUUUGGUGUUGUGUUUCGUGUUGGUGAAGAUUUCUUAUAGAAUGAACAAUAAAGUAAUAAUAUAUUUUUAAUAAAGAUUCUGGUGCUGUGCCUGUGGUAAA